AUGGGUGUGGAUUUGAGACAAGUAGUUGCUGGUAUUCUCACCAUUACCAUGUUUGUGAUGCUUGGACAAAUGCUUCAUAGAGAUUACUAUGAUUCUCUUCAGGAGAAAGCUCAGGGAGAUGCACAUGAUAUAGAAUUUGAAGGAUCCAGAGUAUCUGUGAAAGAUGGUCUUGUUGGAGCCUUAGAAGGCAUUAAAGGACCUUGGAUGGAUGAUAACAAUGACCUUAAUCCUUGUUGGCCAACAUUGCUACCCGAUGAAGCGGUAUCAUCAAAAGGGUAUGUUACUUUCUCACUAACAAAUGGUCCUGAGUACCAUAUCUCUCAGAUCACUGAUGCUGUAAUGGUGGCAAAGCAUCUUGGAGCAAGACUAGUGCUUCCUGACAUAAGAGGAAGCAAACCUGGUGAUGAAAGGAGUUUUGAAGACAUUUAUGAUGCUGAUAAACUAAUCAAAAGCUUGAAAAACGUCGUCAAAGUUGUCAAACAAUUACCUGAAGAAGUAUCUCUAAGGGACAUAGCCAUUGUAAAAGUCCCUACAAGAGUUACAGAAGACUACAUCAAGGAGCACAUUGCUCCCAUCUUCAAAUCCAAAGGAAACAUUCGAGUAGCUACAUACUUCCCUUCUGUCAACUUGAGGAAAUCCUCACAAGACGGUGAAACAGAUCCUGUGGCUUGUUUGGCAAUGUUUGGUUCCUUGGAGUUGCAACCUGAACUGAACAUAGUAGUUGAGUCAAUGAUUGAGAGGUUAAGGACUCAUAGCAAGAAAUCAGGUGGCCGUUUCAUAGCUGUGGACCUUAGAAUCGAAGUACUUGAGAAGCAAAGUUGCCAUACAACUGGUGUUACAGGUUCCAAGACUUGUUACAACGCGCAAGAGAUUGCUGUAUUCUUGAGGAAACUUGGAUUUCCUAGUGACACAACAAUCUAUCUGACUCAGCCUAGAUGGGACAGUAGCCUCAAUAUACUUAAAGACAUCUUCCCAAAAACUUUCACAAAGGAGGCAGUAAUGCCGGCGAGUAAGAGAUCAAAGUACCUUGAAUCAGAGAGUUCUGAGUAUGAAAAUGUUAUUGACUUCUACAUAAGCUCUAGAAGUGAUGUGUUUGUCCCAGCCAUAUCUGGUCUGUUUUAUGCAAACACAGUUGGGAAAAGAAUAGCUUUGGGCAAGCCUCAAGUGCUAGUUCCAGGAGAGAUCUCCGAGACCUCUUCCCUUGCUACAGAUUUCAUCUCUCCUUACAUCUCAAAGAAGAACCACUUGGCUUACUCAUGCUUUUGCUGA